AAAUUGAAAAUAGCUAACAUGGUGUCUAAAGCAGUUGCCGCUCUAGUGUUUGCUGUUCUGGUUUACAGCCAGCACGCAGUCCAAGGGGUCAAUGUGGUCUCCAAGGCGGAGUGGGGUGGUCGUGCUCCAAACUACCGUGUUGCCCUGGGCAACUACCUAAACUAUGCCAUUAUUCACCACACGGCCGGCAACUAUUGCGAGACGCGUGCCGCUUGCGCACAACAGCUCCGCAACAUCCAGAGCUACCACAUGGACAGCCUGGGCUGGCCCGAUAUUGGCUACAACUUCCUGAUCGGCGGUGAUGGCGCUGUGUACGAGGGUCGCGGCUGGAAUUCGAUGGGCGCCCAUGCUGCCGAAUGGAAUUCGGUGAGCAUUGGCAUUUCGUUCUUGGGCAACUUCAAUUGGGACACAUUGGAGCCGAACAUGAUCGCAUCUGCCCAGGGCCUGCUCAACGAUGCCGUCAAUCGUGGCCAGUUGAGCUCGGGCUAUAUCUUAUACGGCCAUCGUCAAGUAAGUGCCACGGAAUGCCCUGGCACUCACAUCUGGAACGAGAUCCGUGGAUGGUCUCACUGGAAAGCUUGA